ACGAAUUAAAACAAAACCAGCUCCUUUCAUCAGUCGGAUUUAAACAUUAGAGGCGGAUUAACAGCGUUUCGUAUAUUAGUGCUAUCGAUGACGUUCAUUUCUUCAACUUUUUCGUAAUUGGUGUUUUAAAAUAAGUUAAACAAAAUUAUUAAUUGGAAUUAAAAUGUUGAUGGAUAAUUUGUAUAAACGUUUGUCAUUAAUUGUAAUUAUAAUUGAGUUUAUUUGUUAUGGAGCAUGUAAAGAAUGUACUGAUAUACAAUGGUCUUGUAAUUCUGGUCAAUGCAUCGGUUUGGACGAACAUUGCAAUGGAAUUAUAGACUGUCAUGAUGAAUCAGAUGAAAGUGUUGAAGAAUGCAUUGAUGAAAGUUGUCCAUCGUUUGCAUUUCAGUGCGCUUAUGGGGCUUGUGUUUUGGAAUCAGCUAAGUGUAAUGGAAUCAGGGAUUGUAGAGAUAACUCAGAUGAAGCACGUUCUUUGUGUGCAGAUUAUAAUAAGAACUCAACAAAAUGCGGAUAUGAUCAAUUUGAAUGCACUUCUGGACAAUGCAUUAGUUUGGAUAAAUCAUGUGACGGUUACCCAGAUUGUAAUGAUGAAUCUGAUGAAACAGUAGACGAAUGUGCAUCACUUGACUGUCCAACAUAUGCAUUCCAAUGCGGUUAUGGUGCCUGCAUUAUGAUGAAUAAAAAAUGCAAUGGAAUUUCAGACUGCAUAGAUGGAUCAGAUGAACUUUGUCGUAAUAUACGAGUUUUACCUAGGAUUGUCGAACAUAUAUCACAUCAGGACUAUAAAUCAUCAAAUAAUGGAUGCAAAGUCCCAUCUAUUCCCAACUCUAUUAUAUUACACGAUAAUAACGAAACAGAAAUUUCACCUGGAGAAAUUGUUGAAGACUUAGUAUUUAUUAAGUAUAACUGCAAAAAGGGAUAUACACGUGAGGGAGACGCCUCAAAUUUUUGUAAUAGUACGGAAUGGGACUAUCCACAUUCCAGUUGUAUAAAAUACUGUCCCAGUAUUCAGGGUAAAACAUUUCAAGCAUUUUGCAAAUUAAAUGAUGAAUCUUGGUCAUGUGAGUCUGAGCAUAAAAUCAAAAAUGGCACUGUUGCACAACUAAGCUGUCGGCAAAGGUAUCGCAAAGAUCCAUCUUCUGGGGAUAAUUUGCUUUGCCAAGACGAUGGUUCGUGGAAUGGAGUAAAAAUCCGUUGCGAGCAAGAUUGCGGAGAGCAAGCAAUUAAAACUAAAGAUUUUUCAGUACAUGGCGAGGAUACAAAUAUAACAUUUGUUCCAUGGCAUGCAGGAUUAUAUAAAAAUAACAAAAAUAGAUUUGAUUAUAUCUGCGGAGCAACUAUUCUUACUGCAAAAGUACUAAUAUCAGCUGCACAUUGUUUCUAUUUACCCUACAACAAUUCGCGUAUUGAUAAUUCAUAUUUCAUUGUUGGAGCUGGAAAAUAUUAUCGUGAUUACAACGCAUUUGAACCAAAUGCAGCAUUUAAAAACAUAUCACAAGUUAAUAUUCUUAAUAACUACCGCGCAGAUGAGAAUUAUGAUAAUGACAUAGCUGUUAUCGUAUUAGAAGAUUUUCUUCAAUUUAGUCUUUAUAUUGGACCUGUUUGUAUUGAUUGGCAAAACGGAGCAACUAAAUCCAUAUCAUCUAAUGUUACACUAAAAAUUGCAGGCUGGGGAAAAAAUGAAAACCAAGUUUUUAGUGAAAAAUUAACAACUGUUGAAGUUCCAUCGAUAAGUUAUGAUGAUUGUACGAAAAUUUCACCAGAGCAUAAAACUACAGUUGGAACAACCAAAUUUUGUGUCCAUAAUAAUGCAGGUAGAAUUCCAUGCGAAGGUGAUAGUGGAGGUGGUGUUAUAGAGACACGAUUUCAAAGAAACAAAUAUAUUAAUUUCUUGUGGGGUGUUGUUAGUGGCGGUGUACCUAUAGAUCAUAAAUGCUCCGAAUACGAUGUUUCCACUGCCACCAAUAUUCAAUUUUUGGAAGAACUUAUCAAAGAGAUAAUCGUUAAUAAUCCAGGUAUUACUUUGUUUUGCGUCGCGAAAAGUGAAGAUGGACUCGAUUUUGAUGAUGAUGGCUUGUCAGAACCCGAUUUUGAGCCAGAUUUCGAAGAUUCUACUGAAGAAAGGGGCGAUAUUGAUAUGGAAGAUUCAUUAGGACGUUUAAAUGGCUCUAAUUCUGAUCAAGAAUUGGCACCUACUUCGCCUACUUCGGACACUGUCCCUAAACAAUUCAAGCUUGAAAAGUUAAUUGAACACUCUCUAGGAUCAUGUUGUAAAGAUACAGAAUGGUCUUGUAAUUCUGGUCAAUGCAUCGGUUUGGAUAAGCAUUGCAAUGGCAUUAUAGACUGUCGUGAUAAAUCAGAUGAAACAGUUCAUGAAUGUUUUGAUGAAAGUUGUCCAUCAUUUGCAUUUCGAUGUGCUUAUGGCGCUUGUGUAGCAGAAUCAGCUAAGUGUAAUGGAAUCACGGAUUGUGUAGAUAACUCAGAUGAAGCACUUUCCUUGUGUUCAGAUGAUUUUAAUAAGACAAACACAAAAUGCCGAUUUGAUCAAUUUGAAUGCACUUCUGGACAAUGUAUUAGUUUGGAUAAAUCAUGUGACGGUUACCCAGAUUGUAAUGAUGAAUCUGAUGAAACAGUAGACGAAUGUGCAUCACUUGACUGUCCAACAUAUGCAUUCCAAUGCGGUUAUGGUGCUUGCAUUAUGAUGUAUAAAAAAUGCAAUGGAAUUCCAGACUGCAUAGAUGGAUCAGAUGAAUCUUAUAAACUUUGUUCUCAAUUGCUACCUACGAUGUUCAAAUGGACAUUAAAUCAAUCAAUAAAAGGAUGCGAGGCCCCAUAUAUUCCCAACUCUAUACUUAUAUCCAAUCACGACGAUAGAACUCUUAGUCCUGGAGCAAUUGUUGAAAACUCACAAUUUAUGCUGUAUAAUUGCAGUACCGGAUAUUACCGUGAGGGAAAUGCCGCAAAUGUUUGUAAUAGUUCGAAAUGGCAUUAUGCACAUCCCAUUUGUAUUAAAUAUUGUCCCAGUGAGACACUUGAGCGUAUUACAUUUACAGCAGUUUGCAUAUUAAAUGAUAAAACUGUGCCAUGUAAUCAUAAUAUCAGACCUGGCACUGUAGCACAGCUGACCUGUCGGCAAAAGUACAGAAAACCGUAUAAAACUUCUCAUGAUAAUUUGGUUUGCAAAGACGAUGGUACGUGGAGUUUAGAACCUCUCAUUUGCGAUCAAGUUUGUGGGGAAGAUGUAGUAAGGACUACACAAUUUGCUGCUAAUGGUGAUGAUACAAAUAUAACAUUCGUUCCAUGGCAUGCAGGAUUAUAUUGUAGAAAUUUAGAUGGCGACAGAUUUAAUUUCACCUGUGGAGCUACUAUUGUUAGUGCGAAAGUACUUAUAUCAGCUGCACAUUGUUUCUAUUUAUCCUACAACAAUUCGCGUAUUGAUAAUUCAUAUUUCAUUGUUGGUGCUGGAAAAUAUUAUCGCGAUUACUACGAGGUGGAACCAAAUGCAGCAUUUAAAAACAUAUCACAAGUUUAUAUUCCCGAUAACUACCGGGCAGAUGAGAAUUAUGAUAAUGACAUAGCUGCACUUGUAUUAAAAGAUUUUCUUAAAUUUAAUCUUUACAUUGCCCCAGUUUGUAUUCAUUGGCAAACUGGAGCACUUAAAUCGAUAUCAUCUAAUGUUAACGGACAAAUUUCAGGUUGGGGAAUGGAGAGUAACGGAAAUUUUAGUAAAACUCUAAAAACAAUUGAAGUUCCAUCAACAAGUUAUUCAGAUUGUUUACAACGUGUUAACGCAACAUAUGGAAUUGCAAUUGGAACUAACAAAUUUUGUGUUCUUAACAAAAUAGGUAGAGUUGCAUGCCAGGGUGAUAGUGGAGGUGGUUUUAUAGAGAAACAAUUAGAUAGUCAAACAAACAAAAAUACUUAUUAUUUGUGGGGUAUUGUUAGUGGCGCUUUACCUUAUGGUAAUAAAUGUACCAAUUACGAUAUUAACACUUUCACAAAUAUUCAAUAUUUUGAAUCUAAAAUCGGAGAGAUGAUCUCUAAAAAUCUUCCAAAAUAAAACUAAACCAUUUUUAAAAGUUGGAAAAUUAACAUUGUUACAUACAGGGUGUCCCAAAAUCAAACGGUAAUAUGGUGAGGAACCAGAAAUUCCUUACGGCUUUCGAAUAAAUACAGUUUUUGUAAAAAAAUCGAAAGUCUCCUAUUUUGAACCACAGGAUGUAAUAUUUUUUUAUAAUACCUAGUAAAUUUUUUAUUUUGUUAUUUUCAUUAUUUUACAAACAGUUCGAAGAUUGAGAAAAAUUCAAUUUGUAUCAUUUAUUAAAGAGCAGCCAACACAUCAUGAAAUAGAACUGAAUGGAUUGCCAUUGGUCUUUGGUUUUAUGUUCAACUUUAAAAACUUUUUUUUACCUCUUUGACACCUACAAUAACAGAGAAAGAUUUCAGAAUAAUAUAAUUAUGUUCCAACGACAAUCCAAACAAUUUUGUCCAGGGUGCUGUUCUUAAAGUGAAUUAGUGGUGAAAUUGCGCACAAAAUAAAAAAUGUGUGUGCCACACAGCCCAGGAUGGAGCUCCGCCUCAACCAAAAAAUUUAUCCCCCCAUCUCGGUCCUGGUCCUAUAAAUUACAUUUAUGUGAUCGAAAACCGUAGGAAGAAGUUACCAUAUUCUAAUAGCCCAUAAAAUGGUCCCAAACCAUUUUCCAUUUGGAUUUUGGGGACACCCUGUAAAAGACUUUAAUAAUUAAGGCAUAUUGGUCGUUCGGUGACUAUAGAUUUUAAUAAAAUCAGUAUAAAUUAUAU